GAAGCGUACGUUUGAUCUGACGUAUGGGGAACAGCCGACUUAGUCAAAUUUGCUUGAUUUGUAUACGAAAACGCUGAUAAUCCAAAGUGAACUGUUAGGCUCUUUGUUCUGUUGUCGCCAGUCAUAACCCGUCACUCGCCUAGGAUACGUGUGUGAAGGAACUAACCAGCUAAUAGUUUCGUGCAAGCCGAAACUCAUCUCGUCAUUUGGAAGCCAACUUGUCAAUGGCAAGGAAUCUUUAAGGUAAGCCGAUGCGAACGACCACACGUAUGCCGAUGUUAGACAUCGUACGCAUCCCCUGAACUUGGAUAGGGUUUGCGUGUCAGACUUCACCGGAAGUAUGAACUUGAUGCCAUACUUUCCAUGAACCAACACAUACUGUCUGCCCUAGGGUGCAUUGCUAUUGUCUGGGUUGUUUUCAAGGGCGUCAGUGCAGAGUGAUCACCUGUCGGAGUUGCCGCGUAUUCGUGACUACACCAGUACGCCCACUGUAUUAUUCACAGCAACAUCGUUAACAUACAUUCCUUGCCGUUACCAAAGGGAGGAACUAUCGCGGUGGUUUGAAGCGUUCUUUCAUGUAUCCAGCUCUACUUCCCGACAAUGCGGAACCUCCGGCUGUUUGGCCUUGUUUUUGCCUUCGUGGUCUACGUGCUGAUAGGAGGCGGGGUGUUUCACUUCUUGGAAUAUGCGGAGGAGGAGAAGAUCAGACAGGAAGUCUUCAAAAUGCACAAGGACGUCGACGACAUGAAACGUAACACAACGGAAGGCAUGGAAAACACUUGUUUGCAGCCAACGACAACUCAAAGACUGCUAAACAACAAACUUGGUCUUAAUCCUAAGAAAGAUGCCGUGUGUGAGCAAGAAGGUGCGUCGUGUAUCUCCGUGGAAAGCCUGGAAAUGCUGGAGAGAAUCAUCAUUAACAGACUCAAAGGUAAGCUCAAGAACUUGACGGCCGGUAAGGACUGUAUCCAGGAUGACGACAUACCUGUGAUGAUCAUGUCUCGUCGGCAAUUUGAGCGUCACAUCAACGAGGCCCACCUGGCCGGCCAGCAUGGCAUUGAUCCCACGAGCACGGACACUAACAGCACUCCGCUCCAGUGGUCCUUCUCGGCGGCGGUGGGGUUCUCCCUGACCGUCGUGACGACUAUAGGGUACGGGCACAUCGCUCCGUCCACGGUGGGUGGCAGGGUGUUCUGCGUCGUGUACGCACUGAUAGGUAUUCCACUCUACCUAGUCAUUCUGGACGGCGUGGGAGCACUCCUGGGCAAAAUGGUUCGCAGAAUUGCCAUGAAAGCUCACGUCUCUCGCAAAUGGAGUGUCAAGAGGGUCGGGCAGCUCGCCUGGGCCAUCACGUUCGCCAUCGGCCUGUGCCUCUUCUACCUUCUCCCUGCUGUAGUUGUCUCCUUCGCAGAAGACUGGACUUUCACAGUGUCGCUGUACUACAUGUUCAUCUCUCUCAGCACUAUCGGCUUCGGGGACUUUGUGGCAGGUAAGGAGAAGGGAAGAGAGUACUGGACCGCAUACAAGCCCUUGAUGUUCAUCUGGAUCACCUGUGGGCUCGUGUUUCUCGCCAUGGUCUUCAACCUCGUGAAGCGCGGGAUAGAGAGCAUCGAUUCCAAUGAGCAAGACGUCGGGACGGGAUCUGACAAAGACGGUGGAACAUGUGAAGAACAAGAAGCGAUGCCUAUGGGGACAAUAUCAGAUCAUACGGGUAAAGACGGACAGAAAAAGCAACAGGUUCGUCCGAGCACACUGCUUGUGAUUGCUUACCUGGCUGAUAGAAGACUCAAGGCGAACUGCAGGAGCUCGAGGUUACCUGUACAGUCGCGUAUGGAAAGUUCCGCCAUGAGGAAGGUGACUUUGCUCAUCCUACUUGUUGUGUUUGUGGGGUACAUUUUCGCAGGCGGGGGAAUUUUCCACUGGCUAGAAGCGCACGAAGAAGAGAAAAUGAGAGCGGGCCUUUUCCAAACACAAGACGAACUGCUUUAUACACUUGUAAGGUUUGUCGGUAGCCAUGAUAUCCACGGCUGCCACCACGGAGCGUCGUCCGAGACCCCUUCCCCUGACGCGCCCGACCUGGACUGUCCCAUACAGGACUGCGUGGCGUCUGAGAACGUGACAAGGGUCCUGCAGUCCGUCGUCACUGAUGUAAACAAGAGAGGACAGAAUCUGACCAACCAAGGGAAAUGUAUUGAUACCAUAGAUAUACCUCUGCUGGUUUUGACACACAGGCAGCUGGACGACAUCAUUUUGAAGGCGCACCAAGCCGGCAGACGAGGUCUUAACCCCUUGAGCACCCAGCAGAACAGCUCUCCUCCACAAUGGUCCUUCAUUCCCGCCGUCGGCUUCUCCUUAACCCUGGUCACUACCAUAGGGUAUGGAAACAUCGCACCAAGCACUUGGGCUGGGAAGGCCCUCUGUGUUGUCUACGGGCUCAUCGGUAUCCCUAUUUACUUAGUUCUUAUUGACGGCUUAGGCAGGCUACCUGGCGGACUUGUCCGAGAUUUAGCCGUCCGCGUCUAUAUUUCCAAGGGCUGGAACGCCAAAACUGUCAGAAGGAUCGUCUGGUUUUGCCUGUUUACGUUUGGUCUCUUUUUGUUCUACCUGCUGCCGGCGCUGGUCAUCUCACUUGUGGAAAACUGGUCGUACCCGGAGUCUCUGUACUACAUGUUCGUGUCGCUGAGCACCAUCGGGUUUGGGGACUACGUGGCGGGAGUACAGAUAGGCAAGUCCUACUGGGUCGCCUACAAGAUCCUCAUCUUCUUCUGGAUUGCCAGCGGCCUGGCGUUCCUCGCUAUGGUGUUCGAUCUCCUGAAACGGGGAAUUCAGGGUCUAGAUGAGCCGGACAAGACAGAGUUUAACCUACCCAAAACUAAUAACCGGCGUCAGGAGAAAGCGCUCAGCAACGGGACGGCAGAGCAGGCUCAGGCAGACACGAAGUCUGAGAAGAGCGACUACGUUUACGAGAACAUGGCAAUGGACAAAAUGCAGUAAUCAAGCUCGAUUCGUCUUGCAGCUUCAAUUAGCGAUUUAGAAUCAUUAUCCAUAUUAAUGGGUGGCUGACUUGUGACAGCUUGGAAUAUGGGAAGGUGUAUUGGGUAUGAUAAGUAGGUGUAUGUAUCAACAAUCU